ACAAUAUUGGGACACACGGCAACGCAAUAUUAAAUAAAACGAGAAAGAAGCGUUUGGCGUGUUGGUGUGUAACAGAAAACUUGUUCAGAAAUAAAAGGGUGAACUUAGAGAAAAUAUUUUCCUCCGCUAACAGCAUCAGGGGACAGCUAACGAAAUAUACUAUUACGGCAAGUCUGUUAGAGCUGUAAACACACUUACGGAGGCCAAUUAGAGUUUUAUUUCCCACAUUUCUUCUUCGUUUCCAAGAGUCUCGGAAGAGUUAGAAGGUUCUUAGGUGUUGGCGACUGUAAAUGAUUUAUUACUUCGUCUAUUUUAUUUUCAUUUCGUUGUUUUACUUUUAACAUCGUCUUCUUACGUUUUACUGAACUCUCAACACACGGAAUGGCUGUCUCAAGGCCUACAACAUACAGUUUGUCGGUCCUCCACCAAGGUGUCACUGUGGUAGUGGCACCCAUGUUUAAAUACCUCGUCACUGACCCGCCUGUUAAAGUACCUCAUCUGAUACUUGCGCUCUUUAAACCAGCCACUGGGCAGAGAAAACAUUGCACCGUGGACCACUGUGCGUCCAUUAUGCAGGAUAUACAUUUUGUAUAUGAGCACAAUGACCUUACCACCAUAGCAUUUACUUCACACUACAUUUACAUUACUCCAAAAGUAGCUAGUGUCCCAUAGUACCGCCUCCUGUGCCCUAUAUUCCUUUCCCAGACAGUCGUUACCUACUUCAGCUACACAACAGUCGUUCUAAAAAUCGAGGGAGAACAAGGAAAUAGUGAUAUAUAAUAAGCAGCGGUUGUUAUCUCUUCUCAGAAUGGCUGUAAUGGAACUUCAUCAGUGUCCUUUCCUCUUCCCACAGGCCCGUUGGUGGUGGUUCGGGUGGCUAGGGGGGACACGGCGCGCCUCCCUUGCGGUCACCCCGAGUCGCGCCCAUCCGGGGACCACCUCAGCUUGGUGUUGUGGUACAGAGACCGCACCUCCAGGCCCUUCCUCAGUUACGACGCACGAAACAGAUCCAUGGAGCUUCGAAGCACCACUGAAGAACCACCACCAGCAACCACAACCACCACAACCACUACCACUACUACCACCACAACGACCAACCCCUCGUACUACUACCACCCUAACAACAACUACUACUACAACAACAACCAAUACAGCAACAACAGCAUAGUCGAGAGCAUGAACAGCAUAGGGAAGAGCAAUCAACACAGCAGGAACUUGAAGACCAGUGAUGGGGGCGGCAGCAUCGGUAUAAGCAGCAGCAGUAACAGCAUUGACCACAGCAGGAGGAGGAGAAGAAUCAGCAGCAGAGAGGAGAGAGCUGUUGCACGAUACAGCCGAAGCCCCGUUCCAAACACGAAUACCAACAUCAACAUCAGCAACAACAGCAACAGAGUCCACACAAGCAAAACAAAGGAAAAGGGAAUCGAAGAAGAUGAAAAGGGAUUAGAAACGAGAACGAAACCACAACAAACCAAGAAAGAGGAAGAAGAAGAACCAAAACAAAAACCUAAUAGAGAAAACGGAAUAGGAGAAGGAGCAGGAAAACGAGACGCUCAUAAGGGUAACAAAACUAAACUGAAGGAGGAGAGGAAUGUGAACGCCCAGAUGGAUGGAGGCGGAGGAGGCGAAGGAGAAGGGAAGAAGAGAAGGUACCUGGAGGAGGGAGGCACGACGCUGGUGGUGGAGGGGGUGACGGAGGAGGACAAGUCGGAGUACAGGUGCCGAGUCCACUUCCGUCUGUCACCUACCUGGACAAGGCGACUUUUGCUUGUGCCAGCUGAGGUGAGGGAGGUCAGCAUACUGGACGAGGGGGGGCGGAAGGUCAGAGGUCAACUCCCCCCCGUGGCUGAGGGCGCCAACAUCAGCCUGACCUGUCGGGCCGCGCAUGGCAAGGCGAAGGUGGUGGAUCUCUCUUGGCUCUUGGACGGGAAGGAGAUCGACUCUACCUGGGCGCGUGGCGUGGGUGGAGGGGGCGGUGGAGGGGGCAAUGAGGGCGGUGGAGGCGUGGUGGUCAACACUCUCCACUUGACGGGGGUGGAGAGCCGUCACCGCGGGGCCCAACUCACCUGCCGCCUCACCACCACGCAUGACACACCACCUGAAACUCCACCUCCACCCACCACCACCACCACCACCACUACCACCACCACCACCACCACUACCACAAUCCCACCCGUCAACGAAUCUCACCCCAUCGAUUUCGACUCCGUUUUUCCUCCCCCAAGCAUCGACCUUUAUCCACUGAACUCCACCUCUCCUCCACUCUCCAAUGCCUCCACUACGACUCCACCUCCUACUACUACUACUCCACCUCCACCUCCAACGCCUCCACCUCCUGACCCCGCCCUCGCCACCGCUGCCAACAUCACCUACGCCUCGACUAGAAUCUCCAUGUUCUACGUGCCCGAAGCCAGCCUGAGCGUGGAGGGCGGGGGCGGUCUGGCGGGCACGGCCGUGGAGGUGGAGGAGAGCGACAGUGUGACCUUCCUUUGCCGCGUGACAGCCGACCCGCCCGCCUACAACAUCACCUGGCUGCAUAAUGGCCGCGUGGUGGGCAUGGGCGGCCGGCGGUAUGUGCGGGACAGGGCCUCGCUGGUGGUGUCCCCCGUGGAGCGGACGGACGCUGGACUCUACACGUGCCUCGCCUCCAACCGGGAAGGCGAUGGGCACUCCAACGCCGUGCUUCUGCGUGUCAACCACCCGCCGUACUGUGCCGGCGCCGUGGGCGUUGGGGGCGCGGCGGGCGUGGGCAGUGUGGCAGCGGCGGCGACGCACGUGGUGGUGGCCGCCAACACCUCCGUCAGCCUGCGGUGCCGCGUGGAGGCCGUGCCGCGCGCCGUAACCUUUACCUGGCGCGUGGGGCCGCCACUCCCCCCGCGGGGCCUCGCAGGGGAGCUGGCCGCCCCGCCCCUGCAGCAGGCCCCGGUGGUGGGCGGCGCAGAGCUGCCCACGCAGGACACCCCGGAGGGCGCCGCAGCAUGGGAGGGGCCGUGGCGGGAGGCGUGGCGGCAGCUGGAGGCCGGGGAGGGCGUGGCCACUGUGCAGGGGCGCCGCGACCCCCAACACCCCGACGCCUCCACGCUGACGCUCACCCCUGGGGCCUCCACGGUGGUGGGCUGCUUCGCCAGGAACAGUGCCGGCCACACGCGCGUGCCCUGCCGCUACACCCUCACCGUCGUGGAACCGCCCAAGGCCCUCACCAGCUGCAACGUGACCCUUCUGGACGUGACGCGCAUGGAGGUGAAGUGCCAAGACCCCGCACACGCCCCCGCCCACGCCCAGGCCGAGGAGGGGGGUGCCAGCGGGGAGGGGGAGGCGGCGGGGGUGGCGGCGGCGGCAGCCCACCCCCCCUAUGUGAACCACGCCUCCCCCAGCCUUAGCUUCGUCAGGUCCCCCGGGGCAAGCAGCACAAAGGCUAAUAUGGAGGUAUGGUCCGGCAACACUCUGGUGGCCAACGUGAGCGAGGGACAUCCCCAGUUCUCGGUGCGCGGCUUGCCCCCUGACACGGAGCUCCGUCUCGUCCUCUACACCGCCACGCCACACGCCCGCUCCACGCCCCUGCAGCUGCACGCCCGCACGCUGCCCAGGAAGGUGGCGCACUUCACAGUCCCCCCGCCCCCCGCCCGCCCCACCCACACACGCACGCCCCCCGCCGCCGCCGAUGCCCCCGACCCUCCCCCAGAUGGACCCAUGGAUAGCAUAGCGUGGGAGGUGAUGGGGGGUCUGGGGGGGGCGUGCCUGGGGCUGCUCGCGGUGGUGGUGGUAUUGGGGGCAGCGAGGGUGUGGAGGAGGAGAAGGAGGGGGAGCGGCCUGAUGGUGGAGGAGUCGGGUGCUUCAGUAGGAGGUGGAGGAGGUGGGGGACUUGGUGCAUCAGUGCUGGAUGAUGAUGGUGAUGGUGGUGGUGUUGGUGGUGUGACUGGUGUUGGUGGUGUUGAAGUCAGCACCACCGUGGAGGAGCAUCAGCACCUUCAGCACCCCACAGCCCUGGUCAGCACGGUGUCAGAUGAAGGUGUGUGGGCCGGGUUGGAGUGGCAGAGCUCGGUGAUGUGAUGAGGUGGUGAUGAAGACGCAGCAUCCGGCAACCCUCAUCACCAGCACCAUCACCAUCACCACCACCACGAGCUGCCUAUCAUCGUCAACAUCAGCAGCAGCAACAACACGAAAAGAACGACAUACCAGCGGAUUCUAAUGCUCUUUAUAGAUAUCUUCCCUUCCCCUCAUCUUCCCUUCUUCCUCCUCUCCCUUCCUCUUCUUCCUCCUCCAUGUUAUAUCCUACCAUCUUCCUCAUAUCAAUUCUUCUCCCUUUUACUCCUCCUCUUCAUCUCCCUUAUUCUUCUUCCUCCUCCUCUUUGUUAUCUCUUCCCUUCCCUUCAUUUUCCCUUCCUACUCCUCUCCCUCCUCUUCUUCCUCCUCCUCCAUGUUACCUUCUGCCUAUUUAUUUCCCUCUUAUCACCUCCUCCUCCUCUCCCUCUUUCUCCUUUUCUUUCUCUUACUUGUUUUUACUCUUUUUCUCUACUUCUCUUUCGUCCUUUUUAUUACUUUUUCGCUUUUUCCCUUCCCCUUCUUCCUCCUCUUCCUCUCCCUUCCUUUUCUUCCUCCUCCUCCUCUUCCUCCUCUUCUUUGUUACCUCUUAUUAUCUCCCUCAUAUCGACUCUUCUCCCUUAUACUCCUACUCUUCCUUCCUUCUCUUCUCUUCUCCCUCUUUACUCUUCUUCCUUCUUUUAUUGUUAUUUACUCCUUUUCUCUCUAUUUCUUUCCCUUUUUCCCUUUCUUUCGUGCUAUUUCAUGUUGGUCUUUUUCUCGUUAUUUUCCUUCUCUCUCUCUCUCUUAUUUCUUUCCUAUUUUUAAGCGCCGACUAAACGAAACUUUUCAACUUUCAUAUUUUUUACUUUUCUCCCUUUUCUUUCUUCUGAGUUAUCUAAUUCUCACUUUAUUCAUCCUUCCUCCUGUUUCCCCUGCCCGUUUCUACCUCUCCCUCUCUAUCAUUCACUCCUCCUUCACUCUUCCCUCCCUUUUCUUUUCCCUCUCACUCCUCCAUAGUCAUAUUCCGUUCCUUUCUUCCUCCUCUCCCUUUUCUAUCUUAUCUCAUUUUCGCAUUUCUAUUCUCUUCGACUUCCUUUUAUUUGUCAGUCCUUCUUUUGAUCAUUUUAUUUUCCUUACCCUAAAUUAUUAUCUAUUUCAUAUUCCCUUUCUUUAGCAUUCUUCUUCAUCUCCUUAUUCAUUAUUCCCCAUUUUGUCCUUUUUUUCUCUUCCUCCUCCUCUCCUCCUCUUCACCUCCCUUCUCUUCAUUUCCAUUUCUGAUAUGUGAACUCAUUUUUCUCUCUCCCUUUUUCAUCCCCAUCUACCUUCAUUUCCCCCUCUUCUUCUUCUUCUUCAGUCCGUCUCCUUUUUCCUCUCAUUUUUUCCUUCCAGUUUUUGUUUUUGUUUUGUUUUUGUUUCUAUCUCCUCCCCUUCCUCUCUCUCCCUUUUGUUCAUUCUUCAUUUUUUCAACAUUGCAAAACUCUCACCACACAUUCCUUUCUCUCUCUCUCUCUCUCUCUCCCUUCCUUCCGUUCUAUUUUCUCUCUCUCCUCCCCUUCUUUCUUUUCUUAAUCUCUUUUCUCAUUUUUCUGGUUUUCCUUAACUCGCUUCUCUCUUUUUCCUUCUCUCUCUCUCUCUCUCUCUCUCUCUCUCUCUCUCUCUCUCUCUCUUCUCUUCGCUUCUCUUCUCUUCUCUCCUACUUCUUCAUUCUUCCUUUCCAUCACUGUUUCUUCCUCCUCCUCCUCCUCCUCCUCCUCUUCUUCUUUUCCCCUUUUCCUCCAUUUUUAUCAAAGCAGUGUUACUAAUCUCUUAAUAAUGUUGUAUUUAUCUAUUUUCUCCUCUCCCUUCUUUAUCUCCUUCCUCCCUUCACUUCCUUUCGUCUUUUCUCCUAUUUCUCGUCUCGUAUUUCUCUCU